GAAGUGGUGCCCAGUCGGGACCCGUAGGGAGAGGCGGGUUGCGGGCGACGGCGGCGGCGGCGGCGGCGGCGGCUGUGGUUGUGGCGAGGCUGCGCGGCCGGGCGCACGGGACCUGUCCUGCAGCGGCUCUCUCAGGCCGUGGGUCGUCGCUGCAGCUGCCGGGAAAGAAGGAAACGACGCCUCCGGGGGCGAACUUGGCACACAGGGAGGAAGGGAAAGGAUGCAUGGUCAUGGAGGCUACGAUUCUGAUUUUAGUGAUGAUGAACACUGUGGAGAAUCCAGCAAAAGGAAAAAAAGGACAGUUGAAGACGACUUACUGCUCCAAAAACCAUUUCAGAAAGAAAAACAUGGAAAGGUGGCCCAUAAACAAGUUGCAGCAGAAUUGCUGGAUAGGGAAGAAGCAAGAAAUAGAAGGUUUCAUCUCAUAGCUAUGGAUGCUUAUCAAAGACAUACAAAGUUCGUAAAUGAUUAUAUUUUAUACUAUGGUGGCAAAAAAGAAGACUUCAAGCGUUUGGGGGAAAAUGACAAGACAGACUUGGAUGUUAUACGAGAAAAUCAUAGAUUCCUAUGGAAUGAGGAGGACGAAAUGGACAUGACUUGGGAGAAGAGACUUGCUAAGAAAUACUACGAUAAAUUAUUUAAGGAAUACUGCAUAGCAGAUCUCAGUAAAUAUAAAGAAAAUAAGUUUGGAUUUAGGUGGCGAGUAGAAAAAGAAGUAAUUUCGGGAAAAGGUCAGUUUUUCUGUGGAAAUAAAUAUUGUGAUAAAAAAGAAGGCUUGAAGAGUUGGGAAGUUAAUUUUGGUUAUAUUGAGCAUGGUGAGAAGAGAAAUGCACUUGUUAAAUUAAGGUUAUGCCAAGAAUGUUCCAUUAAAUUAAAUUUCCAUCACAGGAGAAAAGAAAUCAAGUCAAAAAAAAGAAAAGAUAAAACUAAAAAAGAUUAUGAAGAGUCAUCACAUAAAAAAUCCAGAUUAUCUUCUGCAGAAGAGGCCUCCAAGAAAAACGAUAAAGGACAUUCAUCUUCAAAGAAAUCUGAAGAUUCUCUACUUAGAAACUCUGAUGAGGAAGAAAGUGCUUCAGAAUCUGAACUUUGGAAGGGUCCACUACCAGAGACAGAUGAAAAAUCACAGGAAGAAGAAUUUGAUGAGUAUUUUCAGGAUUUGUUUCUAUGAGACAAGAGAGAGAAGCCUCCGCUCCUUAAUGUGAAACUUCAUGAAGUUUUAAACUUCAUGCAAUUUGAAAUUCCAUAUAAAUUUUUAUCUGCAAGUUACAGCUUGUGUGGUUUGUCUUUGGAAAUAAAAAUCCAGGUUCUCUCAGAAUG